AAUAACAACGACGGACCAUUAUGGCGGAAGAGCAAGGCAACUUGAAGUAUUUUAAUAUGGGUACCGCUGGACAAUAAAACAUUGCAUAGCGACAUCCAUAUUUAAGGAGCUGGCGGGGUUUUGUAUGUUGGACUUCUGUAGGGUCUUGAGCUUUGAACUGGUGAACUAUGUGGGGAGAAAUCGAUCCUCCUGUCAAGGUGCAGGCGAAUCAAUUUGAGAAGGAUGAGCGGCCGAAGUUGACAGAAGAGCCGGUGAAAUGUUCGGUGAAGCACAGUCCAGAGCACAAACAAGAACAGCUCGACUCCGAGGUGGAGGAGGUGAGCGCCAGCGUGUCUGCCAUGCUGGAGGCUGUGGUCCAGAGUGGAAGUCUGGUGAAGAGCCAGCAGAUUGGAGAGGCUGAACUCACCACGCAGGAGCGAAGGCGAGAGCUGCUGCUGCAGUACAGGAGCAAACCCCUGGUGUUCCUGGAGAGGUAUCAUACCUGUUUGAAGCCACAACAUCUGACAGCCUUUGAGCAUGUCACCUCAGACCCUCGAGCGCAGCACUACAGCAAGGUCAUUCAGAGGCGAGCGACUGGAAACACGGACCGAACCAGAGUGCGCAACCACCGCUACGCUGCCCUCCGCGCCCUGCAGAGGGAGGGUCAUUACUUCAGUGAGGAGCAGAUGAGGAAGAGGGAGCCGCUGUUGUAUGAACAUUACAUUGGUCAGUACCUGACCGAUGAGGAGGUGCUAGAACGCUCCCAAGAGGCCAUGCUGGAUGGUGGCUGCACCGGGGGGCUCGCCAGCCUGCUUCUUAACUCUUACGACGAGCGACUCAUUCAGGAUCGUCUGCAGCAGGAGCAGGAGAGAGAGGACGAGGUGGAAGAGGAGGAGGAAGAUGACGUCGAAGAAGAGACUGAGCAGAAGACUUGGGAGCCAAACUCUGAGGAGAAGUCUCUGCUGCGGGAGGAGUUCAUCAGUCAGAUGCACCAACGCUUCCUGGAUGGAAAAGACAAAGAUUUUAACUACAGCGAAGUGGACGAGAACCCUGACUACGACAACUUGGACAUCGUCAACAGAGAUGAGGAGGAGAAGUACUUUGAUGAAGAUGAGGAGGAGGAGUUUAUGACAGAAUAAUGGGUGUGGUCAAGCUGGUCAAAAUUAUUGUGUUAAGUUCAGCAAUAAUGUUUUGUUUUUAAUAAUAAAUGUGAUGUUGGUCCCAAGACAACAGCUUUGACAUCUCAUGUGACCGGGUUCCAGUCGUAGGCUCAGUUCCUCUGCUCAAGUACUGCAAACAUUCCUGCCGAAUCUUCCUCCCUCAUGUAGCUUACUCAGCAUGUCUCCUUUGUCAAAUCAAUCCUCGGGCCUGUUUCACACACAAAGAUGACGUCGUCUGAUGAGCUCUCUUCAUCUUCGUCCUUCUCAACAUUCAGAGGUUCACACCAACUGCCUGGGCACAACAGCUCCUCUUUCACUGUUGACAAAAAAACUGGUUCAGCCGAUCACCGCCUUCUGCCAUCAUAAAACACCUGUUUUACCGGAUUAAUAGUUGGUUAUUGUUGCUCUGAUUCAUGUAAAAUCAUCACAUAUAUCACUUGAAUUACUCCUCUGUAUUUGUUUAUGCACCUCUUAUUUAUUUCAGAUGCACCUCAACCAUGACAAUGUGUGGCCUGUGUGCCACUUGCAGUCUUCUGACUGUGUUUAUCUGGCCUUUAUCAAAUCACUUUUAAGUUCAGGAACUCCAGAGAUGCUCCUCUGUGGCUUCAAGUUUCUGAUGUAAACAAUGUGAUUCAUUGACAGUGCUUUUUAUUUUAUAGAAAAAAGUACUCACUAAUCUUUUAAUCUCUCCAUUUGGAUUUAUCGUGUAUAUAUAAUGUAAUACAUAUUAUAAUAUAUAUAAUAACUUCAUGAAGAGACAUUAAGAGCUUUGUAAAUUCCUUAAUAUUUACAUGUUUUAAUUGAGAAAAGUGUUGCUUUCCAAAUAUUGUACAGCCUUUUUCAUAUGUGGUUCUAAACUUUAGGAUAAAUUUAAGGUUUUCUACAUCAUUUUGUUCCAGAAUAUAUAGCAUUUGAAUUUAAAUAUUCUUGAACCAUUUGUAACUAUUCUUCCUUUUCUCGCUUUCUUUUUAAAAUCCUAAAAUACAACAUUUUCAUGACCGUUUUCUAGAUGGAAUCAGUCGCACCCGGUCUUUUGACAGCCAACUUUACACUCACAACUGUGAGUACAGAACAUAGAUAGUAGUAACGCUGUAUGAAACCAAUAAUGUUCAUGACUCCACGCCUUACCUUCGCUUCUACUGACGUCCUUCUCGCCUCCGAUAUAAACGAGACUCUUGAUAGAAACCGGAAUACAAGUCCAUUCGUGCUCCUCUCCAUCACCGUUUUCGCCGUCACAUUUUCUUUUACUCGCCAUUGAGUUUGUUGUCUCAUGACCUGGGCUCACAUAGCGCCAGAAGAACCAUAGCUGUCACUGUAGUCGUGUUUGGCGAUCCACUGAGAAUCGAAAGUAAAGUCCGCCUGGUUUCUCUACCAGAUCCUCCCUCGUAUUUUGCGCUGCCAGCAACUGUUCAGCAUCACACGCCCCCAUCGUGAUGUGUUCCUUGACAGUAGGAAACACGCGCGUCGAUCUGCCGCGGUGUUUUACCGCGGUCAAGCCCGCGCCAAAACGCAAAUCCACAAUUCAACAUUGCGCGGACAUUGCAGUAAUAGAUACAAGACGCUGGCUUCAAAGUAAAAGACACAGAAAUACGGUGCUUUGUUUCAGAAUAUACGGCACAAAACUCUUUACAACUCUGCACCAUUCUCCCGAGAAUGGUGUUUCCACUGGCGCUUUUCCCCACGCCGCUUCUGCCAAGAAGCAGGAUCCUCAGAGGACCUGAGAAACAGAGAUGUUCUGUGUUUUACCAUAGUAAGGAGUUGUAAAACCACAGCUCUACUCAGUCGGUUUGUGGACAGACCUGUCCUUGACUGGAUGACAUGGCUAAGAGGCCUGAGACUAACUCAGCUCUGUUACUGAUAAAACACAGCGUCUUGCGUUAAAUCUACUCUUACUGUACAAGUAUAAUUUAUCCAAAAAGUUACUUUAAAAAAUGUCAUGGAGUGAAUAGUAUACGUUACUCCCCACCGCUGUCGACAUUUCCUGACAGUCAUUGAAUUCUUUCCGUAAAGUUUACUUCCAAAGUGACAUGAAAGGUGGCAAUAGUAUAGCAGAACAGGAUCAUGACAUGACAACUCCACGCACAGGUUUACUGCUGAUAGUCACUGAGCAUUGAAACAAUGUCACAAAGUUUGUGACCUGAACAUGUUCCGACUAUAAUUCUAAAGUCUGUCAGGCAGAUGAGACAUCUGAACGCUUCACUUGUGAGCUCAUUUUAAACUCACCUUUUUCGACUUCUGCGUCUUGAAUGUUGUCGCGCUCCAUCGUAGACGUGGAUCACACGGAAACUGCGGCUGCACUCCAACCAGAUUUGUAUGAAAAAUGCGUGACAGUGAAAGUAAAAC